CGUUAGCACCUGAGAGUAUUGACGAAAGACUCGAAAAAUGGGCGAUAUAAAAUCCUUCUUCCAUCAAUGGUGUGCGAAAAAUGGCAAAGAACCGCAAUUUGAUGUUAGACCAACAGGACCCAAGCAUAGGCAACGUUUCCUCUGCGAGUUACGAGUACCUGGCUUCGAUUAUGUCGGUGCAGGAAAUUCGACUAACAAGAAGGACGCGCAAGGAAAUGCUGCGAGAGAUUAUGUCAAUUAUUUAGUACGCACAAAUUGCGUGAAUUUAAAUGAUGUACCGAAAGAUCCUGCGAUGCCGGCGACAAUGUUAGCAGAUACUAUGAAAAAUGAAGUUUUAACGCCAGUAAAAUCGGUGUUUCAAGGAGGCAUGGGACCGAAUGACAUUGGUCAAGCAUACAGGCCGUACAAUGAACGUGGCCAGAGUAAUUAUACAUACAUAGAUAGACUGGCUGAUCAAAAGAAAGUGGAAGAUGCAGAAGACGUUGAUGUAAAUUCUGGGAUACAUGGAAAUUGGACGAUAGAAAAUGCCAAGUCCAAGCUUCAUCAGUUUAUGCAAACUAACAAAAUUAAUGCAGAUUACAAAUAUACUCCGGUUGGUCCGGAUCAUACGAGGAGUUUUAUGGCAGAAAUGUCACUUUAUAUUAAGCAACUUGCACGAAGUAUAACCGGCCGUGAAACUGGAUCAAAUAAACAAACUGCUUCAAAAAGUUGUGCUUUGUCUAUUGUUCGCCAAUUGUAUCAUCUAGGAGUAAUUGAAGCAUUUAGUGGUACAUUAAAAAAAAAUAAGGAUACGGAACAGAUGAAAGCUUAUCCUGUAAAAAUUUCACCAGAAAUUGAGAAUCAGAUCCAUGAUGUUCUUACAAGUUUGGAUAUAAAACCAAUUGAUAUUAAACAGCCAUUAAUUGCAAAAGAAGCUAAUACUACACCGAAAGAUGAAAAUGAUACGGCAACUGCUGGCGUAUCUUUGUUGACAAAUCAAGUUUUGGAUGAUUUCAUAUCUUCCGUACCGCAACCUGCCGGUGUUGUAAGCUGGUCACCACCUCAGCCGAAUUGGAAUCCAUGGACUGGAUGUAAUAUAGAUGAAGGACCACUAGCAACAAUAUCUUUGGAUAAGUUGUCAGAAGAUUUAUUAAACGAACAGAGAGAUAAGCUGCAGCAGGAUGUUAAUAUACAGACGAGCAUCAAGGAAAGAUCGAAUCUGCCCGUUUUCAACAAAAAAAACGAGAUCAUGAAUGUAGUUAACGAAAAUCCGAUUGUUAUCAUACGUGGUAAUACGGGAUGUGGUAAGACUACGCAAGUUUGCCAGUUCAUUCUGGAUGAUUAUAUCGCAUCUGGCCAAGGUGCAUAUUGCAGUAUAGUUGUCACUCAACCUAGAAGAAUCUCUGCCGUAUCUGUGGCAGACCGAGUUGCCGUCGAGAGAUGCGAGUCUCUGGGACAGUCAGUCGGAUAUUCUGUGAGGUUUGAGUCGUACUUACCGAGACCCUAUGCCAGUAUAAUGUUUUGCACUGUGGGUGUACUCUUAAGAAAGCUGGAAGGUGGCCUUAGAGGAGUGUCGCACGUUAUAGUUGAUGAGAUUCACGAACGAGAUGUCAAUUCGGAUUUCAUUAUGGUGGUGCUCAGAGACAUGAUCCAUCUCUAUCCCGAUCUUAGAAUCAUCCUCAUGUCUGCUACAAUUGAUACAACAUUGUUUAGCGAAUACUUCAACAAAUGUCCUGUGGUGGAGAUUCCCGGCAGAUCGUAUCCUGUUCAGCAAUAUUUCUUGGAGGACUGUAUUGAGCUGACAAAAUUUUAUCCGCCUACAGGUUCUGGAAAACGUAAAUCUAAGGAAUCAGACGAUUUACCAAUACCGGACGCAGAACCGGAAGAAAACCUGAAUAAAGUCAUCAGUACUGGUUAUUCUAAUGAAACAAAGAACGCUAUGGGACAGCUGACAGAGAAAGAGAUAAGCUUUGAGUUAAUAGAAGCGUUACUUACGUACAUUAAAGUACAAGAUAUUUCAGGUGCUGUGCUGAUCUUCCUCCCUGGAUGGAAUUUGAUAUUCGCAUUGAUGAAACACCUUCAACAACAUACUCUUUUUGGCGGAUCGUCUUAUCUUAUUAUCCCAUUACACUCGCAAUUACCGAGAGAAGAUCAGCGUAAAGUCUUUGAUCCUGUCCCGUCAUUUGUAACGAAGAUUAUUUUGUCCACAAAUAUUGCAGAAACUUCGAUCACGAUCAACGAUAUUGUCUACGUUAUAGAUUCUUGCAAGGCCAAAAUGAAGCUAUUCACUUCGCACAAUAAUAUGACUAAUUAUGCAACUGUUUGGGCCAGUAAAACAAAUCUGGAACAACGCAAGGGUAGAGCAGGUCGCGUUAGACCCGGUUUCUGUUUCCAUUUGUGCUCAAAAGCUCGAUUUGAUAAGAUGGACGAACAUAUGACACCAGAAAUGUUUAGGACGCCUCUGCACGAACUGGCGUUGAGUAUCAAGCUGUUAAGAUUAGGCAAUAUCGGUCAAUUCUUGUCGAAAGCAAUCGAGCCGCCUCCCAUUGACGCCGUGAUUGAAGCAGAAGUUGUAUUAAGAGAAAUGAAAUGCUUGGAUAAAAACGACGAAUUAACGCCUCUCGGCAAAAUUCUGGCGCGUUUACCUAUAGAACCGCGGCUAGGAAAAAUGAUGAUCCUAGGAUGUAUGUUCCGCGUGGGUGACGCGCUCUCGACGAUGGCCGCGAAUAGCACCACUUUCCCUGAGGUAUACAACAUGGGUCCGGAUAUGAAAAGGCUGACUGCUCAGCAGAAGUGGUUUGCUGGUGCUAGGUUUAGCGACCAUGUCGCAAUGUUUCAUGCUUUUCAAGCAUGGGAGGAAGCGAGAACAGGUGGCGAAUGGGCAGAACAGACGUUCUGCGAUUCAAAGAGCCUGAGUUUACCAACUUUACGAAUUACUUGGGAAGCUAAGAAUCAACUACAAGCGUUAUUGCAAAGCUCCGGUUUUCCCGAGGAGACUCUGUGCCCCAUGCCAUUAAAUUAUCAAGCAAGCGCGGACCCGCGUCUCGACACCAUCACCGCGCUAUUAUGCAUGGGCCUAUAUCCCAAUGUGUGCUAUCACAAGGAGAAACGGAAAGUUCUUACCACAGAAUCGAAGGCUGCGCUGAUUCACAAAACAUCGGUGAAUUGCAGCAAUUUCGAGCAAAACUUUCCAUUCCCGUUCUUCGUAUUUGGUGAAAAGAUUCGUACGAGAGCUGUAUCUUGCAAACAAAUGACUAUGGUAUCACCUAUACAUCUAUUACUAUUCGGAUCACGAAAAGUAGAAUAUAUAGAUGGUGUGAUUAGACUGGACAACUGGAUCAACUUGGAUAUGAAUCCGCAACAUGCAGCAGCUAUUGUUGCUCUAAGACCAGCUUUGGAAAGUCUUGUAGUUCGAGCAUCCAAGGAUCCAGAAACGAUUUUAGAGUUGAGUCCGACUGAAGAAAAGGUACUAAGUGUGAUUAAAGCAUUAUGCAACAUGAAUGCUUGUCGGCACGAGCUGGAGCCGAUAACCAGUAGUAGUUUACAAUCAUCGCGACCCCCGAGAGGACACGUAACCGGUUUUCGUGCUAAUUAUAACACACCUCCAAAACUGAUGCGAGGAAAUGGAGGUUUCCGCGGCCCAGUCUCGAAUAACGAAUCCUACGGCGGACAUAGUGGUGGCUUUAAUGAUAACCGCAGCGGCGGUUACAGAGGAGGUUUCAACAACAGGGGAUACGCCAUGGGCGGUUUGCGCGGCCGAGGUGGAAACUGGAAUAGUGGCAAUCGCGGACGUUACUAAUUAAUAUUUUGUUUAUG